GUAUACUCAAUUGAAGGAACUCAAAAUCUGUAUGCAUUCAAACAUCAUACGGCGUGAACCAGCCCUUGGAGUUCAACGCCUCUACGGCACCUAGCACAUCUAAGCUGUUCCUCGGUUCCGUGAUUUUCUUCACACUAAUCUCGUGCCUCGUGAGUUUAUUCUUCAUGGACAACCACCAUCUCUUCACCAAGCCCAAGAAAUCCAAAUCCUCAGACUUCCGCUUUACAGAAGUCGUGAGAUUAGAGUCAAUCCUCACCCACGUCCCAUUGGAAGGUACCAACACCGACCCGUUUCCUAAAACAGCAACGUUGAUCCGAUUUAUAGUAAUCGCUAACUUCUGGAAUUUCAUUGGGUGCCACACCUGUCCUGCAGCGUUAGCAAUGUCUCAUCGGACGAGGGAAUACCUCCUGAAGACGACGCGUAAGUAAUCUGACAGCCUAACAAGAAAAUAUGUUAAGUGCG